AUGGUUACAGGCGCCGAAGAACUCAGUGUCGUUGCAGCCUCGUUGAAAGUUGCACUGUUCGUGUGCGAGUUCCUUGAGAUAGCCUGCAAGUUUGCAGACACACCAGAAGACUCCAGAGCCUUCCUCCGAUUGCUCAUCCAAGUAGAGACCGACUUCCAAUAUGCCGUCAGGCUUCGUGAGGACAACCUCGCCCAGCUCCAGCGGCGGUACAACCUCCAAGAGAAGUGGAUCCGCGACGUGCUGGUGUCGACCCUCGAGGAGAUGAACGACUUCGGCAGGUUCGUGCAGAACUUCGACGACGUGCACCUGCCGAGCUUCGCGGAGCGCGCCAGGCUCCUCCUCAGGAACCACAAGUCCCUGGUCGUGCGCGCCGAGAGCCUCCACGGGGCCCACAACGGGCUGCUGACGUGCAUCAACGGGCUGCAUACCCUCACCAUGCAGAUCUAG